AUGGAUCCAAUUACAAGGAAAUGUUUGGAAACCAGCGUGGAAGCAAUCAUAGACGCAGGUGUUAAUCCAAAAUAUCUGGACGGGACAAAUACAGCUGUUUAUGCAAAUUACGAUUUCACUGAGAUGGAAGUUAUGUUUUCUGAAUUCAGAAGGGACAAGGUCCUUGCCGGUAUCGAGCGUUGCUUAAGCGCAAAUCGACUUUCUUUCUGUUUGAAUCUUCACGGCCCAAGCUGUACUCUCGCUGGAGGAUGGGGAACUUUCUUUCAUCUGAUCGAAAAGGCGAGAGAGGAGAUAAAGAACGGUUACAUUGAAGCUGCCGUCGUAGUUUGCGCCAAUCUCAUCAUGACUAAAUAUGCCAUGCCCGCUUGGGCCGGCCUUGGAAUGCUGGCUCCGGAUGGAAAAUGCCGCCCUUUUGAUCAAAAUGCUCAAGGUUACGCCAGGAGUGAUGGCUGUGUGGCGGUAUUCUUGCAGAAAGAGCAGGAUGCUCUCCGUAAUUGGGCCACUUUGAUGGGAGCUGAGGACAGGUUCCUCAAAAUUGGGCGAAAGAAUUACAUCGCAUUCGACACUGAGAACGCGAAAAACGUGCUCAAGCGUAUUUACACAAAAUGCAAAGUGGACCCUGCCAAAGUUGGAUACGUGGAAGCGGAUGGAUGUGGAGUUCAGGAUCGAGACAAAGAAGAAAUAAAAGUAAUUCGUGAGGUAUUUUGUAAAAACCGCUCAUCACCACUUUUAUUGGGAUCGGUUAAAUCCAACGUGGGGCACCUUGAAAGCGCCUCUGCUGGAGUCAGUUUGAUAAAAGCGAUCCUUGCUCUCAGUAAAUCAAAAGUUCCAGCAACCAUCAACAUCGACUCACCUCUACCUACGUUGACAGAGGCAUCUGAACUACAGGUUAGCACGGACCCGACCCCGUACGAUGGAGAGCUGGUAGGGAUAAACGUUAUUUCACUCAUUGGAGGAUUUGCCCAUGCACUGAUUAAAAAAAACUCCAGGAUCUCAACACUGAAAUUAGACGAAAAAGUUCCACAAUUAAUUCUCCUAUCAUCUCGGACGGAGACCGGAAUUGAGGAUGUUUUCAAGAGACUAAGAACUACAAAAGCCACCCCUGAGUUUGCUUUUCUGUUGAAUAAUGUGUUCCGGAAGGCGAUGAAGGGUCACAUGUACAGAGGUUUUACCAUGGCAUCCCCCGGGAUCCCCAACACUCCGCACAAAACCGUGGUUAUGCCUGCAAAAGCCAAAAGAUCCUCGAAAUGGCUCAGCACAUCCGUGCCACAGGAGGAAUGGCACGAGGACAGAGCCAUCUAUAGCUCCGCCGAGUAUCAUCUGAACAACAUGAUGAGCCCUGUUCUCUUCGAGGAUGUCCUCCAGCACGUACCCUCUGACGCCGUUGUGAUCGAAAUAGCUCCCCACGGCCUCCUCCAGGCCAUCCUCAAGCGGGCCAUUCCGGACCGGGCUCAUGUCCCUCUCACUAAGAGGACAACCAAUGGAGACGGCGCCAGGUUCCUCCUCGACGCUAUUGGCCAGAUGUACCUUCUCGGACUUGAACCAGACGUGACCAGCUUGUACCCUCCUAUUCAGUUUCCCGUCCCUUGUGAUACACCGAGCCUUCAGCCAUUUGUGACUUGGGAGCACUCUGAAUCAUAUCCUCCACCGGAAGCUUUGCGGGAACUGGUGGCUAGUCGUAAACUAAAACCUGACAAAGUAUUCACGUUGGGACAGGUGGAAGACAUGUUGAAGCAAUAUGAAAAGAAAGGAACACCCGUCUUGCAACUUUCGCUUUUUUUGGCGGAGACUUGGAAACUGCUGAGUGACUUAAAUCAAAAGUCAAUGCACGACUUACCGGUCGUUUUCGAGGAUGUGCAGAUAUUUUCUGAAAUUAAUUUCUCAUCUGAAGGAUUCAGUAACAUUUGGGUACAAAUUCUACCUGGCACGGGUGAGUUUUCUGUAUUUCAAGAAUAUAUCGAGGAAAGAGAAACGGCCUUUGGAUUCGAGACAAGGGUGAAGGAUCCAAAAACUAAAGACACCCUGCUUAUGCAAGGGAAAAUAGUGAUUUGGAACGACCCUAAAAAAACUUCACAACUUGAGGACUUUCUGAAGAAUAACGAGUUUCAUCACACUUUGAAAGGAGAAGAAUUCUCUGAUUUUCUCGAUGGAAUCGGAAAAAUCAACGGAUUUAAAACUAAGGCAAUUUCGGACUGGCAUAUGUGUAACAACGGGGUCGUUGGAAAGGUCAAAUGGAACCCGGACUGGACCGUUUAUUUGGACACGAUCAUCAAGAUCAACGUUCUACGAGAUAUUCAAGCCACUGGACGUGUCGUGAAACCUGUGUCAAUCCAGUUCAUACACUUAAAUCCCGUCCAGUUGCAGAAUCUGAGGAAAGGUUCAAAAGUUGAUUACUUUAUUAAUUCUGUGGUACGUCAUUUCGAGUGUGAUGGAGUCACGGUCGACCUUUUCAAAACGCAGCCAAUCGGGGAAGAGGUCCGGAAUCUUCAUAACAUUAAAACCGAACGCCUGAAUUUCGUACCAUAUGCAGAGAAUUCUUUCAAGGACCAGUACGAGUUUGUGCGUGCCAGUCUUCAGUUGAUUGUUGAGAACUCGGGGGCAGUAAGUCAUGCGAAUGAUGAGCCUCUUGAAAUCCAGAUAUUUGGAGGGAACAAUGAACGAGAAUAUUCACUACUUCUUAAAAUGUUUACAGAGGUUCUUCGAUCGGAUGGCAAUGAUCGAAAAGUGAAGUUAGCGCCUGCCAAUCCACCUAAAAUUUCUGAGUCAAAUCUGAAAGCAAAUCUCCAUUUUGUCUGUGAUCUCAAAACUGUCACAGCUUUAACUCCUUCAGACGACUCAAUCAUUUCAUACAUUUUUGUAACGAUUCCGGCUGAAACACACAUGAAAGACGUCCUUGACGCCGCAUUGAAGUCGAAAAUUCACUACGAAAUGGUGUAUGAACAAAUUUUUGGGUCGCUUCGAUUUGGACUUUUGAAAACGAUCAUCGCCGAGAAGGAAUUGAGGGUAUUCCAAGUGACAAACAACGUGGACUCAACUUUGGCGCUCUUGAAAUCAGAGCAAAUCUUGGAAGAUGAAAAUGUGAUUUUGGUCAUUCCUAAUUCGCAAUGCACAAAUCCUGGAAUUCUAAUCAGGCGAUUAUUGAGAGACUUAGGUGUGAGUCAGUACAGAUUGUAUCUGCUAAUGGACGAAAACGCGCCUCCAUUCUCGCUGUACAACAAAUUCUACCUGGAGCAAGUUAGAAGGGAUCUAGCCGUGAAUGUGCUGAAAAACGGGAAAUGGGGCAGUUAUCGUAGCAGACCAAUUUUGAGAACAGCGCAUCCUGACCUAGCACAACUCCCUCCCCUCGUCAACUAUGCCUCGACGAUGUUGUCAAACGAUAUCGAUAUUCAUUAUGUUGGACUGAAUCCAGCGAGCUCUGAGCUCAGGAGCGAGGAAAAACCAGAUGUGUUGGAUUACUCUGGGGUCACGUCGCUCGGAAGACAUGUAAUUGGCCUUGCGUACAAGAACAAAGGAUUCAACCAAAAAAUUCGGCUGGAUCCUAUUUUCCAGUGGAGGGUCCCAACAAGUUUCCCCUUGCCCGAGGCAGCCGCCCUCCCAUCUGCCUAUCUUAUGGCGCAUUUUAUCAUAGAUAAAAUUCUCAAAGACAAAGAUACACUCACGAAAACAGCUUUUAUACUAAACGGUCAGGCACCAAUUGGGAUGGUUUGCAUAUCCUUAUUACUGAAUACAAACUGGAAUGUGUACGUGACUGUUCCAAAUGAGGCCGCACAACAACUUGUGACAACGGUUUAUCCUCAGCUCCUCAAAUCAAACAUUACGAACCACAACAACGAGGACUUUUACGUGCCGCUGAUGUUUGGAACCAACGGAGUUGGUCCCGAUAUAAUAGUGAGCGAUGCCCCUCGGAAACAGAUGCUUGCCGCUUGGACUUGCAUCGGCGAACAUGGUAGUUUCGUCAACCUUAACGAAGAGACGAUGCAACACAAUGCCCCUCUCCCGAUGGGCAGGUUUAGGAAGGAUAGCGGCUACUACGGCCUCAAGUUUUCCCAACUGGUGCACUUACCGAAAGAACGGAAAGUUCAGCUCCAUGCACUUGUAAAUGAAACGAUCUCUUCAGGGCAGUUGGUUCAUAUUCCACACCAAUUAGUGGACACCCAUGAUCUGAGCAAGUUAUCCAGGUCUGUUGAGCUUACCACGGAGCAUGGUAAAAAGUUACUACUAGACGUGGGGAAAAAGUAUAGAGCUAGGCAGCCUGAGAAACUAACACGAGAGGAAUUAAGCAAGUUCGAUGCGCCUGGCGAAUGGAUUGCAAAUGGAGACUCCGCACGCACUUUUAUAGUCCUAGCUUCAACCAUAAGUAAAGUUCCGAAUAUUAUCGACUGGUUGCUGAGCCGUGGUGUCAAAAAAGUCAUCCUCGGAACACUAGAUUCAAGAGAUUGUUCUGAUGUAGUCCGGAGGAUCAACAGUUCCACAGCAAAACACGAAGCCACUCUUCUAAUGAUGUCAAUAAACCCAGCUCUGAUAGCUGAAGGGUUGCAGAAACUGCUGAACCAAGCGAGAAAAAUGGGAGAAAUUGCAACCAUUUUCACUGUUUCACUAGAUGAACACGUUGAUAUCUUGGAAAGCAUCGAAGAGGUGACCCAAAAAUUGGAAACGAACGUUAUCAACAUACAAGGAGAGACCAGUACCUUCAAAUCCGAUAGAAUGAUUACGAUUAUUUGCGAGGGAGAUGUAGACUGCACUCAUGUUCUCAGCCAAGCUAUGACAGACCCUGACAAGUCAGCCUCUUAUGUUGUUUCUGACCAGACGCAAUGCGGAAAGGAUGCGAACACGGACGCAGAAGAAUUGAUAACACAUUACUUGCCGUCAUCCUUGCAAGAGUUGGAGGCUUUGGGAGAAUCAUUAUGUUUAAAAGACUUGGAAUGUGAUAAUAAAACUUCAGCCGAGUUUUUCUAUACCCCCUCGUUGGCCCCAGUGACGUCACUGGAGGUAGAAGACGUUUUCCCUAUUUUUAUAAUUCCUGCUUUAUGCGAGACGGAACUCAGGCCGUUAACGUCCAGACUGAUUUACCCCUGCUACGUGGCGCACGUGAAGCCUAACGGAUCAUCUAUCGAACAGAUUGCCCUGGAUCUUUUAAAAUCAAUAACUCGGGUUCAGAGCAGAGGACCCAUCACGCUUGUUGCCGAAACGUGGAGUGGAGGGUUGGGAAUGUUCCUAUCGAAGCUACUCACGGAUUCUCAGCGUGAAGUUUCUCUAUUCUUGAUACGGGGUGUUCCAAACAAACUGUGCUCUUUGAUUCCAUCCGAUCAAUAUUUAAGUGAUUACUUGACGAAGUUUCUGUUUUCGCUCAUUAUUAAGGAGGAUGAGAGUAUAUCCGGAGGAUUCAAUGGAGACAGAACAUUCGACAAAGCAAUGGAAGUACUGCCCCCAAGGUUUGAUAGGACCUUCACCAUGCGAACGUUUGACGCGCUGCUGAAAAGAAUAAAUUCUCUUAAAUUGCUCAUGAAUAAAGACGUGUGUUUGUCGAAUAAUCUGUACUUGAUGGAGAUGAACCGAUUUUGCAAGCUCACCGUCGAAGAGGUAGAGAAGAUGUCAAAUAAACCGGUGCAAUUACUCAAAUUCGAUUGUCAGUCUUACAAAGAAAUGCUAUGCGACCCAUCAUUUGCGUUAAAGAUAGCAGAAGAAGCCCCAUUUGCAUGGUGAAAGCACGUUUCUCCGUACAAUGUCUCUUCUAAUGUACUGACACAUUUAACAAUUAAAAACAAUUUUUGAUUGUAUAUUAGUUGUGUGAAUUUUGCUUCGGAGUGACUAUGACAGAUUCAUCACACCAUUCGUCCUCACUGAGCCAAUUUUCAGGAGGGUUGGCGGAUGUUCGUUCAAUAUCGACACAGUGUUAAUUACGUCGAGGGCCACACGCAAUGUCUCAAUCACAUUAAUGAGAAGUUAAUUAUCAAAGCGUUUGAAUUUUUUUCACUUCAUUUUUUGACCAUAUCCAUCUUGAACGAGUGCAUGUGUUCAAGAGCUAAAAAGUAAAAUAGUUAAUAUUUCGAUAGACGGCAAGAAGCAUUAUGAAUUGCAUUGUUUCUUUUUUCCUCAGAGAUAAUCAUGAAUUUGAAGAAUAUCAAUUAGGUCCAAUAAUUCUGAAAUUGGCAUUCCAAGCUGUCCAGCGAUUAUGAUAAAACCGAAAAAAAUUGAAAAAAAGAGAACUACUAGAACUUAUUCCACAUAAAGAAUCUAUCAUUCCUCUGCAUGGCCAACAACAACACGACAAAAAACUGAGGAAACCGAAUUUCAAACAUUUUUAACCAACUAAUUUCUUUUUAAAUAUGAUUGAUGUUACUCGUGCCAACUUAUAAUACAUGCACUGUUGAAUAUUUAUCUGUCAUGAUAAUUGAAUAAAAAACGAUAAUAAAACGAUGUCGAAUGCA